UACGAUACAAACAGUGAUGGAAAACACAUGAGCAGUAACAAGUUUUAAUCUGGCCCCUCAGCACUACCAUGGGCUAAUCUGUGGAGGCAGCUUAUUCCAGCGUCAGCCAGGGUGCAGCCGUGCCGCGCUCGCAGCGGCGUGCUCCUCGGGCCGCGACACCGUCUCACCUCGCGUCAGCUGCACCUGGAGUAGUGAGACGCGACGCGGAAGGAGUACAUGCUGGGACCUGCGACCCUCAGGACUGACUCUCCUCUGACAAGUUCUAGAUUGGUCCUCUACACGAGACAACAUGAAGGAGUAUGUGCUCCUAGCACUCUUGGCUUUAUGCUCUGCUAAGCCCUUAUCUCACCCGUCAUACAUGACGCUGAAGAACAUGAUGCUGAAGGACAUGGAAGAUGAAGUGGGUGGUGACCCUGAUGAUGACAACUCUCUUUUUCCAACAAGAGAGCCAAUUAACCCCUUUUUCCCUUUCGAUCUGUUCCCAACAUGUCCAUUUGGAUGCCAGUGCUACUCAAGAGUUGUACACUGUUCUGAUCUAGGUUUGUCCUCCGUUCCAAGCAACAUUCCAUUUGAUACUCAAAUGAUUGACCUUCAAAACAAUAAAAUUAAGGAAAUCAAAGAAAAUGAUUUUAAAGGACUCACUUCACUUUACGCUUUGAUUCUGAACAACAACAAGCUAACAAAGAUUCACCCAAAAGCUUUUCUAACCACAAAGAAGUUGAGAAGGCUCUAUCUGUCGCACAAUCAACUAACUGAAAUACCAUUUAACCUUCCUAAGACACUAGCAGAACUCAGAAUUCAUGAUAACAAAGUUAAAAAAAUACAAAAGGAGACAUUCAAAGGAAUGAAUACUUUACAUGUUCUAGAAAUGAGUGCAAACCCUCUCGAUAAUAAUGGGAUUGAACCAGGGGCAUUUGAAGGAGUGACAGUGUUCCAUAUCAGAAUUGCAGAAGCAAAACUGACCUCAAUUCCUAAAGAUCUGCCAUCAACUUUACUGGAGCUUCAUUUAGACUAUAAUAAAAUUUCAACUGUGGAACUCGAGGAUUUUAAACGAUACAAAGACCUGCAAAGGCUGGGCCUAGGAAACAACAGAAUCACAGACAUUGAAAAUGGAAGUCUUGCUAACAUACCACGAGUAAGAGAAAUACACUUGGAAAACAAUAAACUAAAAAAAAUCCCUCCGGGAUUACAAGAGUUGAAAUACCUCCAGAUAAUCUUCCUCCACUCUAAUUCAAUCACAAAAGUGGGAGUGAAUGACUUCUGCCCAACAGUACCGAAGAUGAAGAAAUCUUUAUACAGUGCGAUAAGUUUAUCCAACAACCCGGUGAGGUACUGGGAAAUGCAGCCUGCAGCUUUCCGUUGUGUUGUGAGCAGAAUGAGUGUUCAGCUCGGGAACUUCAGAAAGUAGUUAUUAGUAUUAUCCAUUUAAUAUAAAAUUUAAAAAUUGUUACAUUUGGAAUACUUGAACUCUAUUAAAAAUGGUGGUAUUAUGCGAACAAGCAAAAGCUAUUCCUAAAUGGUAAGUCUACUGACUUACUUUAUGACAAAAAAUUUCAACAGAAUUUUGCAAAACUAUUGCUACAUCAGGAUUAAGAGAAACACGCAUCUACUGCAGUUUCCUUUUGUAUACAAAUGGAUUCUGCACAAGUCUUAUGCUUGAACAUUCUUUUCUCAGUAACAAAAAAAAAACCCCACAUUCAGUAUUUAACACUUUGUUAUCAAGUGGAUUUUAAAAAGAACUGUACUGUAAUUGGAAUGCUUGACUUAGCAAAAUUUGUGUUCUUUCAUUUGCUGUUAGCAAACCAAAAUUGACAAGAAUGGUUACAUUAAGAGCACAUUAUACUAUUGUUAAUCUUUAAUAACUCGGAUAGUACUGUAAUGUUUCUGUUAAUGUUGAAGUAUGAUUUCAUAUAAUCUUAUUCAAAUUCUCAUAUCUUAGAGCUUUACUGUCUUUAUGUUUAACUCCUGAUAAUAAGGUCUUCUGUGUUUAUUAGCAACUUGACCGAUGCUAUUCAUAGCAUCUGGUUUCAGACUAUAGCAUAUGCCUUUUAAUUUAAUUAUUACCUGAUUAUAAAACCUCUAUAAAAAUACAUAGUGAGUGUUUAUAUAAAAUCUGUAAUUCACAUUCUUUAUUAUCUCAGUUAUUAUAACUUUCAACAGUACAUCAAUUGUUAGGUCAUAGGACAAUGUCACCUCAAAGCUAAGGAGUACUUUCAAGAUGUCCCUUGUAAGACCUUGGCUGGAAGAGCCGGACUCUGUCCAUUCUACACAAACUGUUUAGUCAAAUAUGACAAACUAAACAACUCUGAAAACACAGCUGGUAUAACUGAACAGAGUCCUAAACAAAACAUAAAGAAACUAAACGUCUGUGCAAAAGCUAAGCAUACCCUAUGUAUUUUUUACUUACAUUCAACAUAGGCAAAGCUAGAAAAUUAAAAAAAAAAUUAAAAUAUUGGCUUGAAGUAAAAUAUUUGUGCUUUGGUUUAAUUUUUAUUCUCCCAUCCAGGAACAUAAACAUUUCUCAGAAACUUAUUUAUAACACUUUUAGCACAGUAUUAGUGCUUUCUCAUAGGAACAUUACUGAAAUAUUCCAAAUUAUGCUUGUGCUAUGAGACAUAAUCAUAAACUACCACAAAAACUAAAUUUUAAAUCAUUUUGAGGGUAGUAGAAAAAUAUUCCAUAUAUGAUGUAAGGUGGAGUGAAGGGUUUGGACAUCCAGGUCAGCAAUGGGUAAAUAGGAAUAGGUCUUGUUCUUCCUAGAGAGGGCCCCCAACUCAGGCACUGCUGGCACCCCAGGGUGGAUUGUUUUGAGGUUGGGGUGGGGGAUAGUCUGUCCUUUCUUUUGCAGAAGGUGUCUGCCCACAAAACGCCAGGAGCACCUGCACCCCAACUCCAACAGUGCGUCACCCAACACUGUCGGCAGACAUUGCCAGUGGGGGGUGCAAGUGGUGAGGGCGGAGUCUCAUGGAGCUGGUGAGAACAAUGCUCUACAGGACAUUUACUUAAUUUCUAAUUCUGACCCAAGUUUGGAAACUUGGAGCAAAAAAAUUACUUUUGUUUUGUAAAACUAUAGAGACAAGAUCAAAGUGUGAUUAAUAUACUAGAAGGCGGAUUGCCUGAGUGACUCAGUUGGUUGAGGAUCCCAACUCCUGCUCUCAGGAGUAUAAAUUCAAGCCCCGCAUUCAGCCCCAUGCUGGGCGUGGAGCCUAAUUUAAAAA